UACAGUCCAGUCUGAGCUCCUCUUUCUUGCGCACUCAUAUUUGCAGUAAUGGCCACAGCUGGUAAGGUCAUCAAAUGUAAGGCUGCAGUGGCCUGGGAGCCCAACAAGCCUUUAGUGAUUGAAGAGAUUGAGGUAGCCCCACCCCAGGCCAAUGAGGUCCGGAUCAAGAUUGUGGCAACUGCAGUUUGCCAUUCAGAUCUGUACUAUCUUCUGGAGGCUAUGCCUAAAGAUGGUUUCCCAACAGUCCUCGGCCAUGAGGCGGCUGGCAUUGUAGAGAGCAUUGGGCCAGGAGUCACCGAAUUUCAGCCAGGUGACAAGGUGAUUCCUAUUUUCCUCUCCCAGUGUCGGGAAUGUCGCUUUUGUAAGAGUCCCAAAACCAACCAGUGUGAAAAGUCAUGGUUCAAUGUUAAACAUGAUGGGAAAGAGAGCAGGUUUACCUGUAAGGGGAAGAAGGUGCAGUCGUUUACGGGAACCGGUACCUUCUCCGAGUACACAGUGGUUAACCAGAUUGCUGUGGCAAAGAUCGACCCCACUGCCCCUCUGGACAAAGUCUGUCUCCUCGGCUGUGGGAUUUGCACUGGUUAUGGAGCAGCAGUCAAUACUGCUAAGGUGGAACCAGGCUCCACAUGUGCUGUGUUUGGCCUGGGAGCUGUAGGUUUGGCUGCAGUCAUGGGCUGCAAGGCUGCAGGAGCCAAGAAGAUCAUUGCAGUUGACAUCAAUCCAGAGAAGUUUGAGAAGGCCAAGGUGUUCGGUGCGACCGACUUUGUGAACCCUAAGGAUCAUGAUAAACCCAUCAGCCAAGUGCUGGCAGAGAUGACCAAUGGAGGAGUGGACUACUCACUGGAAUGUACUGGGAAUGUGGGAGUCAUGCGCAGUGCCUUGGAGUCUUGUAUACAGGCUUGGGGUGUCAGUGUGAUAGUUGGCUGGACAGAGCUGCAUGAUGUUGCUACCCGGCCCGUUCAACUCAUCGCUGGACGCACAUGGAAGGGCUCCAUAUUUGGAGGCUUCAAGAGCAAGGAUGGUGUGUCUGAGAUGGUUAAAGCCUACCUGGACAAGAAGGUGAAGGUGGAUGAGUUUAUCACUCACAACAUGACUUUGGACCAGAUUAAUGAUGCCAUUGAACUGAUGAAGCACAGCAAAUGCAUCCGGACAGUCCUGAACAUUUCUCCAGAAUAAAUUGCUGUUUUGCUUUCAAUAAAGCCAAAGUCAUUCUGUAAUUUACCACUAUUAUAUAGAAUUUCAGCAUGAUAUUUGUACAAAUAAUACAAUGUACAUAUUGUGCAUCUUUCAAAUGAUGCACAAUAUAUAGUAUGUGCCUGACCUUGGACAGUCAGCACUACUCUGUGAAUUUGUGAUUGAAAGAUUCCUCAGCAGUGUUCAUAUAAGCAAAAGUUUAAAAUGUCAAAGUGUUUAUGGAGCAAAAUAAAUGGUCUAAACAGA